GUUCAGCGCUGUUUAAUGUAACCCCCGUCAUUCUGAAGCGCUGCUGCAGCGCCAUCUGGACUCAACGGAGCGACACUAUUCUACAUCUUCCAGAAGAAUGGAGGAAAUUGACAUAAAGCUCAGAGCUGAUGGCAUUCAGAAAAAAGUCAUCUCUCCUGGAAAAGGAGAACUUUCAACGUUUCCCGAUGGAACAAAGGUGAAGUUUCAUUACCACACUAGCCUUUGCGAUGGCACCGUGUUGGAUGACUCCAGGACAAUGGGAGGUCAGAGUAAACCUAUGGAGCUCAUACUGGGGAAGAAGUUCAAGCUUCCUGUAUGGGAGCAAGUGGUUACCACUAUGAGAGAGGGUGAAAUUGCUGAGUUCACCUGUGAUGUCAUGCACACAGCUCUCUACCCUCUGGUUUCUCGGUCACUACGCAACAUCAGCCAUGGAAAAGACCCACUGGAAGGACAGAGACACUGCUGUGGAAUAGCGCAGGUUCACUCGCAUCAUUCUAUGGGUCACUCCGAUCUGGAUAAGUUGCAGGCUAAUCCUCAGCCUCUAGUUUUUACUCUGGAAAUGCUAGAGAUCUUGCCCCCUGGAUCCUUCCAAUUGGAAAUUUGGGCAAUGACAGAUGAGGAGAAAAUGCAGGCCAUACCACAUAUCCAUGAGGAUGGAAAUGCGCUCUUCAAGAGUGGAGAUAUUACAGCAGCUGCUGAGAAGUACUACAGUGCCAUAGCUUGUCUGAAGAACUUACAGAUGAAGGAGCGUCCGGGUGAUGACCAUUGGAUCAAACUAGAUCUCAUGAUCACUCCUCUCCUCCUCAACUAUUGCCAGUGCAAGAAUCUUUUGGGCCAGUACUAUGAGGUUUUGGAGCACUGCUCUUCUAUCAUCAACAAGUAUGAUGAUAAUGUGAAGGCAUAUUUCAAACGAGGGAAAGCUCAUGCAGCAGUAUGGAAUGAAGCAGAGGCAAAAGCUGACUUUGCCAAAGUGAUUGAAUUAGACCCAUCACUUGAAACCUCAGUUGCAAAGGAGUUGAGGGCAAUGGAGGAUCGCAUUCGGGAAAAACAGAAAGAGGAGAAGGGACGCUACAAAAACCUUUUUAACUACAGCAGCAAAGCCUCUGCUGCAGCUUCCACGGGCUGAAACAAAAAUGAACUUCCAAUUUUACAUUUAUAUGGAUGCAGUUAGGCCAGUGUCAAGUUGGAGCACAUGCACUCUGAUAAAUUGGUCCCCCACACAAGUUCAUCAUAUUUUUAUCACCACCUCCUCAUGUUUUGUUAGUAAAUUGAUACACCAGUGAGGAGUGCAUAGCUUUAAAUGCACUUGAAUCCAUCCAUUUAUCCCUGGAGUAACCCAUCAUUUAUUGAGAAGUGCCCAUUUUCAUUGAGUUGCUAAUGGGAUCUGCAUCUCCUGUGAACCAGAAAUUAGUAAAUACCAGCUUACUGCCCUGUUACCUUGUAUAUUCAGUCUUUGGAUAUAGUUGAUAGAACCCAGCUCAUUAAGGUCUGUGCUUUUUAAGGGCAGUGUGAAAAACCAAACUUGAAAGACAAUCUGAAGAUGAUAAAAUACUAGUCUGGUUAAAUAGGAUUUCUUUGACUAUAUCCCCCUUUCCCUCAAUUUUUAUGUUAUUCUUUUGUAUUCAUCAUGUUUAUUCAUUUUAUUGCUAUUACCCUCAUUGUCUUUAUAUGUAUACUACACAUUUAAUAUCGGAAUAUUAAGGAAAUUAGAAGGCCUAUGAAAUAUGGAAGUGAAAGACACAAUGUAAACACUGUGAUGGCACAUGUAAAAGUAUCCACUUCCCCAUCAUUGAAACUGAAAACAUAUUCAUUCACAUUGUGUUGUUCAUUAAUGGAUUUGUCAGUUACAUCUAUAUAUGUCACUACAAAUAAAUUGCUAUUUUCGACUGCCUUUGUGGUGACUGAAGCCAAAUAAAAUUCUUUGAAAACCAAGCAACUCAUGCAUUCAGUGG